AUGACACAUUGUGUAUUCUCACACGCCCAAUCGGUCAUUGAUAGAUACGAGGAGUUCGUGUCUGGCUACGGCAUCGACUCCAAGGUCUACGACCAAACGAUUGGCUUCAAAAAUGCAACGUUCUUCAUGUCACUACUGGGCAGCAUCAUAGUGAUUAUGAUCAUUAGAUCACUGCUGUUCUCUUCGUCGUCCGGACGCAUUCCAAAGAGACCCGCAAGGGACAUUGGAGUUUCACCGGCUUCAAAGGGCACCGGUGCCAAGAUCGAAUGUGUCAACCCGGCCACUGGCAAGCUGAUGGGCACUGUCAAUGCUCUCAAGCCAGACGAGGUCAGCAAGUGUCUGGCUGCCGCUCGUGUCGCCCAAUACGAAUGGGCUCAAACAUCCUUUGCCGAGAGGAAGCAAAUCCUCCAAGACUUCAUCGACAUCUUCAUCAAGUACGAGACUCAAAUCGUCGAGAGUUCGAUGAGAGACACUGGAAAGACGAGAUUCGAAGCCACAUUCGGUGAGAUACUUACUAGCUGUGAGAAGUUGCGUUAUUUGAUUAACUAUGGUGAGGAUGCACUAAAGACACAAACUAGAAGAGUACCAUUGUUGAUGGGAACCAAGUCUGCAAGACUGGAAUACCAUCCAAUGGGUGUCAUUGGAAUCAUCAUCCCCUGGAACUACCCAAUCCACAGCAUCAUCUCUGCUGCCGCCGCAGCUAUAUUCUCUGGAAACGCAGCACUUGUCAAGGUGUCUGAGUGGUCCACCUACUCCAAGAUCCUGUUCGAGGAGUUGAUCCGUGAGGUGCUCUCCAAGAGAGGCCACAACCCAGACCUCAUUCAGCUGCUCCCUGGAAUGGGAGAGACUGGCGAAGCCCUCGUUCGCUCCGGUGUCGACAAGAUCUUGUUCAUCGGUUCGCCACAGACUGGCAAGCGCGUCAUGAAGGCUGCCAGCGACAACCUGACCCCCGUGAUCCUCGAGCUCGGUGGAAAGGACCCAAUGAUCGUGUUUGACGACGUCGAUCUCGACUGGGCCAUAGGCAUCGUUCAACGUGGCUGCUUCAUCAACCUCGGCCAGAACUGCAUCUCGUCUGAGCGUGUGUUUGUGCAUGAGCGCGUCUACGACAAGUUCGCCAAGCAGUUGGCCGACCUGAUCAACUCACUCAAGCAAGGCCCACCCGAGUCUGGACAAGUCGACUUUGGCUCCAUGACCAUGCCCGCUCAAGUCGACAAGGUUGAGCACCUAGUCAACACUGCCAUCAAGGAGGGCGCAACCGUCCUGGCCGGUGGCAAGCGUAACCCCGCCCACAAGGUUGGUCACUUCUUCAUGCCAACAGUGCUCGCCAACGUUACCGAGAAGAUGACCAUCUUCAACGAGGAGGCCUUUGGUCCAGUGGCCUCGCUGGUCAAGUUCUCCUCAGAGGACGAGCUUGUUCGUAUGGUCAAUGGCACCGCCUUUGGCCUUGGCUGCAGCAUCCUGUCAUCAGAUCUUGCCCGUGCCGAGCGCAUUGGACGUCGCGUCCAGACAGGCAUGCUCACAAUCAACGACUAUGGCGCAUCGUAUCUUGUGCAAGACCUUCCAUUUGGUGGCUGCAAGGAGUCUGGCUUUGGCCGCUUCAACGGUCCAGAGGGUCUGCGCGGCUUCUCCCGUGAGGUCUCUGUGUUGACUGAUCGCUUCCCCAUCAAGACACCCGUUCCCCGUCUCAUCCGCUAUCCCAUCGAUCCAGCUGCCGUCGGAAUCAUUCGUCAGGCCAUCUUCAUGAUCUACAAGACUGGAUUCUUCAACAAGGUCCGAGCUGCAAUCAGCUUCACUGGCCAAGUAAUCCGUAAUCCAAAGCUCAUGCUUUAA